AUGACAAGGUGUUGUUUCAUGUUAUUCGUAGCUCUAGUCGUAGCAGUUUGCACCACUACUGCUAGAGACGUUCCUAAAGAAAACGUUGGUCUUACAGACCAAAAAAACGUUUAUACUUUUGGAGGAACAGGUGGAUUCGGUGGCAUUGGAAACAAUGGUUUGCCAAUGGGUGGAAUGGGAACCGGAGUUGGAGUAGGUGGUGAUUUUGGUGGUGCCAAUGGAAUCGGAGGUGUCGGAGUUGGGUAUCAAUUUGGUGGACCAGGUGGCCCUGGCGGUGGUGUGGGAACUUUUGGUGGUCUUGGUAAUGGUUUUGGUGGUUUACCGACUCUUGGUGGUGGUGGAUUUGGUGGUGGUAAUCCUGUUGGUGGCGGUGUUGGUGGUGUUGUUCCUAUUAGUGGCGGUGGUAGUGGUGGUGUACUCCCUUGA